AUGGGCCUGCUAAGCGCUAUUGUUGUUUCAUUUGGAGUAGACAAACAGAUAUGGAACCUGGAUAAUUCAGGUUUAUUUUCAGUUUCAAGCAUAAAAAGAUUUCUAAGCACUGCCGAUAGAGUUCUACCAAGCAGGGUUUUCUCGUGGAAUAGUUGGAUACCGAAAAAGGUGGGCUUGGUGGCGUGGAAAGCAGAAAAGGAUCGACUCCCAACCCGAGAAGCCUUGAGUAGGAGACAAAUCGAUAUCGCAGAUGCGACAUGUGUUUUUUGCGGAGAUUAUGUGGAAUCAAGUGAACACCUUUUUGUUGCUUGUCAGUUCAGUCAAACAGUAUGGCAGAAUGUCGCUUUAUGGUGCAAUAUUCCUCCAAUUGUGGCGUUCGAACUCAAGGAUUUGUUAGAUCUUCAUGACUUCAGUCCGGGAUCACGGAAAAGAAAGAAGGCAAUACAAGUAAUUAUUCAGAUAGUUAUCUGGUGUAUUUGGAAGACACGUAAUGAGGUAAUCUUUAACAGCAUUCAACCUAAUGUCGUUAAAGUCUUGGAAGAAGUUAAGUCGCUUGGCUAUCUUUGGGUUAAAAAUAGAUCCAGGGAGACGAGCCUGUCGUGGGAAGUUUGGAGCAGAUUUUCGGCGUUUAAUUAG